AUGGCUUGGAUAAAAGAAGAGGGUCGUAGGCACUCUGUAUCAAAUUCAAGCAGUUGUUCUACUAAGGUUCAUUUUUUUUGUGCUAGAUUAUCUCAACCAUCUGGCUCAGGAAUCAAGCGCGGACCGCCACGUAGUUAUAGUGUAAAGGAAGGUGCCAACGUGCCUGUAAGUGGCAUUGAUCCGUACAUGUUUUUGUCUAAACAAAAGUUAGUAAAAGGCAUGUUCUCAGGGCCAGGAAUAAAGGGCCCCAUAGGAUAUCAAAGUGGUAGUUUUUAUUUGAAGGAGGUUCAAGAGCUUGAUGUGUAUAUAUCCUCGGUGAAGGCUGGUUUUAUGACCUUCCUUAUUACUUGUAGGGCAUCAGCCAUAUUUGUUGGGGUAUAUGAGCCUGUGAAGCAAAAAUUGCUGAAGAGCUUCCCUGAGAACCUUAGUGCCUUGGCUCAUCUGACUGCAGGUGCCGUUGGAGGGGCUGCUUCUUCAAUUGUUCGUGUGCCAACUGAGGUGGUUAAGCAAAGGAUGCAGACUGGGCAAUUUAACUCCGCCCCUGAUGCUGUUCGCCUUAUUGUUGCUAAGGAGGGUUUUAAAGGCCUUUAUGCGGGGUAUGGAUCCUUUUUGUUGAGAGACUUACCAUUUGAUGCCAUCCAGUUUUGCAUAUAUGAGCAGCUUCGGAUAGGGUAUAAGCGAGCAGCAAGCAGGGAUCUGAAUGAUCCUGAAAAUGCUAUAAUUGGUGCUUUUGCAGGUGCAAUAACUGGAGCUAUAACAACUCCUCUAGAUGUUGUGAAGACUAGAUUAAUGGUUCAGGGUUCAGCAAACCAGUACAAAGGUAUCUUACAUAGUGUUGGCACCAUCAUAAGAGAAGAAGGAACUCCUGCUCUUUUUAAGGGGAUUGGUCCGAGAGUACUGUGGAUAGGUAUAGGAGGUUCGAUCUUCUUUAGUGUUCUUGAGAGGACAAAGCAAACACUAGCCCAAAAGCGUCCUGUGGAUAAUAACUCCAACUCUUUGAAGUUGGAUUAA